AUGGCAGUCGAGAGCAAGUUCGAUCCCAAGGAAAUGGAAUUCCGCCACCUUGGCCCCUCCGGUCUCAAGGUCUCGGUCUUCUCCCUUGGAGGCUGGUUGACCUACGGCGGCACCCAGAAGGGUAACAUUGUCAAGGAGAUCUUGGAGACAGCUUGGAACCACGGUAUCAACUUCUUCGACACCGCCGAAGUCUACUCCAACGGUCAAUGCGAGAUCGAGAUGGGUCAAGCUCUCAAGGAGCUUGCCUGGCCAAGAGAUGAAUAUGUGCUGUCUACAAAGGUCUUCUUUGGUACUGGCAGGAAGGAGCCCAACACUCGUGGUCUCUCCAGGAAGCACGUUGUGGAGGGUCUCAAGAGCUCGCUCCAGCGCCUGCAGCAGCCAUACGUCGAUAUUGUCCUUGCACACCGACCGGAUGUUGGCACGCCAAUGAAAGAGAUUGUCGAGGGCUUUACUCAGGUCAUCCGCAACUUGAACUUGGCAUACUACUGGGGCACAUCAGAAUGGUCCGCGGUGCAGAUUCAGGAAGCGACCCAGAUCGCAGAGAGGUACAACCUCAUUGCUCCUAUCGCCGAACAGCCACAGUACAACGCCUUCCACCGCCAGCGAUUCGAGGUCGAGUACGCUCCACUCUACGAGCAGUUCCAGUACGGCACCACCAUCUGGUCCCCACUUGCAUCAGGUCUCCUGACCGGCAAGUACAACGACGGCAUUCCAGAGGACUCUCGCUUCGCCACCAACAAGUCAUUCUUCGAGGGCAGCGUCAAGUCACUGCAAAGCGACGAGGGCAAGGCCAAGAUCGCCAAAGUGCGAAAGCUCACUGAGAUUGCCGAGAAGUUGGGCGGCAACGUCGCUCAGUUGUCUCUGGCAUGGGCGGCGAAGAACCCCAACGUCAGCACGGUCAUUCUGGGUGCCACCAAGGUCAGCCAGAUCGAGGACAACAUCAAGGCUCUGAAGCUUCUGCCCAAGUUGACCCCGGAGGUGAUGGAGGAGAUUGAGAAGAUUCUCGACAACAAGCCCGCUGAGGCACCUUCGUAUGGCCGCAAGAGGUGA